AUGGCGGCCCCCGGCGGGCUGGGCCGCUGCGUGGCCGCCUUUUGGCUGGCGCUGGCCUUCGACGCGCUGGGCCUGGCGGUGCUGCUGGCCGGGGUGUUCGCCGACGUGUUCUUCGCCGACCUGCUCAUCUACGCGGGCGGCAUCGGCAUCUUCCUCAGCCUCAUCUGGUGGGUGUUCUGGUACGCGGGCAACUUAGAGGUGCCUCUGGAGGAGCUGCGCGACGACGUGGGGUUGGCGCCGCCCAAGGGCCGCAGGGACAGCGUGCUGCGGGGGCUGGUGCACGGCCUCAGCCGCCGCCUCUCCUCGGCCUUCGGCUCCGCGCCGCGGACCCGAGCCGCCGCCACCGCCGACCUGGAGCUGAGGGGCCCGCGGGGCCGCCCCGCCGAGCCCGGCAGGUGA